CAGCCGAUUGCCAUAAUCGGCAUGGGUUGCCGACUCUCUGGCGACGCGAGAACCCCAGAGGCCUUGUGGCAAGCCUGCGCCGAGGCUGUCAACACCAGUUCAACCGUCCCAGAAGAUCGCUUCAACUCGAAGGGAUUCUUCCACCCUGACGCCGAUCAUAUAGGCACUAUGAAUACACACUCCGGUCACUUCAUGAAAGAUGACGUUUUCGUCUUUGAUGCGGCAUUUUUCAACCUUACAGCCGAAGCAGCCAGUGCAAUGGACCCUCAAUUGCGGAUGCAACUGGAAUGUGUCUAUGAGACCUUUGAGAGUGCUGGAAUGACAAUCGCAGAAAUGGCUGGCAGCUUGACUUCUGUCUAUUCUGGAUACUCUUUCAAAGACUACCAGGAGAGACUGCUCAGGGAGUCCACCAACCUUCCCCGCUCCUUCCUCACCGGGACCGGAGGCGCCAUGCUGUCGAACCGCGUCUCUCACUUCUUCGACCUGCGAGCCCCCAGCGUGAACUUGGAUACAGGCUGUUCAACCAGCCUGGUGGCCUUGCACUUGGCUUGUCAGAGCUUGCGGGCCGGUGAAUCGAAAAUGUCCAUUGUUGGGGGCUCAAACCUGUUGCUCAACCCGCAGACUUUCAUUGCUCUUUCGAACCUCGGACUCCUCAGCAACGAAGGAAAGUGUUUCUCCUUUGAUCAUCGAGCCUCCGGAUAUGGUCGUGGCGAUGGGGUGUGUAGCAUUCUGCUUAAGCCUCUCGCUGAUGCCUUGCGUGACGGUGAUCCAAUCCGGGCGGUUAUUCGUGAAACUGGAGUCAACCAGGAUGGAAGAACAUCAACGAUUACGACGCCAUCCCAGCGAGCUCAGGAACUUCUCAUCCGCGACUGUUAUGUCCGCGCUGGGCUGGAUCCCAAAGAUACCACCUACGUCGAAGCUCACGGGACGGGGACUAUUGCGGGCGACGGCACUGAACUGAACGCGAUUGGAACGGUCUUUGGAGAGAAUCGCUCGCCAGAAGAGCCGAUGUGCAUUGGAUCCAUCAAGGCCAAUUUCGGUCAUUUGGAAAGUGCUAGUGGUCUCGCGUCAAUCAUCAAGGUUGCUAUGAUGCUCGAGCAUGGCCUCAUUCCUCCUGCCGCCAAUUUCGAAUCUCCCAACCCUUCCAUUGACUUUCAGGGUCUCAAACUCAAAGUUCCCACUCAACUGGAGAAAUGGCCAACACAUAAAUUACGAAGAGCAUCGAUCAGCAACUUUGGAUACGGAGGAACCAACGGCCAUGUCAUUAUGGAGAGUGCAGCCUACUACCGAAGAGCAGCUUCUCUUGAGCCGGGAGCCUUUGAAAUAGAUUACCACGCCGCGUUCAAUGUUGCUGCCGAGCAGCCCAUUGAUCGGUACAGUCCCUGCUACAGCAACAGGCAUUACAUCUUUGUGCUCAGCGCCAAGGAUGAGAAAGGCCUACGUAGGAUGGUACAGAACUUCCAGGACUACCUUAUGGGCCGAGGAGCGGAGAGAAGGCUAUCCGAGUUGUCUUAUACCCUCGCCCUUCGACGCUCUGAUUUCCAAUGGAAAUUUGCAGUCUCUGGUCAGACUUUGGGAGGCGUCAGAGAUGCCCUUUCAGACCCUCAACGGAUAUCUCUGGCCCCGGCUGGUCAGGGCCCACGGCUUGGCUUUGUCUUUACUGGACAAGGUGCUCAGUGGUUCGCCAUGGGCCGGCAGUUGAUGACUGCCUAUCCACAAUUCAUGGAAUCGAUGCAGGAAGCACAUGAGGUGCUCCAGAACUUGGGAGCUGCCUGGAGACUAUUAGACGAAUUUACAAAGGACGAGAAAACAACACGAGUCAACGAGCCGGGUCUCAGCUUCCCCCUCUGUGUUGUACUUCAGAUAUGCCUUGUCCGUUUGUUGUCUCAGUGGGGAAUUCGACCGACUGCUGUUACAGGCCAUUCGAGUGGAGAAAUCGCCGCAGCCUAUGCCUCUGGAGCGUUGAGUUUCAGGGAGGCUGUGGUGACUGCUUUUUACCGAGGCUAUCUCUGCGAUGAAUUGAUCAAAGGUUCAUCCGUGAGUACUUCCAUGCUGGCUCUCGGAAAGGGACGGGAGGAAGCUCUUGAAUACACCCAGCGCAUCUCCUCCGGCACCAUCGUUGUCGCCUGUGUAAAUAGCCCUUCGAGCGUGACCUUGUCUGGAGACAUCGAAGCACUUGAUGAAGUGGAAAAGCUGGCAACUGGAGGGAAUGUUUUUGCCCGUCGCCUGAAAGUUGGAGCUGCUUAUCAUUCACCACAUAUGCAGCCUAUUGCCGAAAAAUACGAGUCCUAUCUUAAUCAGCAUUUGGAAAACAAUGGAGAUUUUGGCAAUAUUCUCUUUUCCUCAUCCGUCACCGGAGGCCUGCUCAACUCAGCCCAACAGUUGAAUCCCACUUACUGGACAAAAAACAUGCUGCAGCCGGUAUUAUUCCAGGAAUCUUUGUGCAAGAUGAUCCUUGGAGGAGGAGAAGAUAAAUCGCAGCCGAAAGUUGACGUGAUCAUUGAAAUCGGCCCGCAUGGAGCGUUGGCAGGACCCAUCCGUGAAACCAUGCGACUUCCAGAAUUGAAGAACCACAAGAUCCCUUACGCUUCCUGCCUCUCUCGCGGCAAGGAUGCCGUCCAGACCAUGCAGGAUCUUGCAUGUCUGCUGAAGAUGAGGGGCUGCGAGGUGAACUUGCAGGCUAUCAAUUUCCCCCUGGGACUGGAGGGUUUGAAACCUAUCACUGAUCUACCUCAUUAUCCUUGGAACCAUUCAAUGAGAUAUUCGAUCGAGUCUCAUGCAGAACGAGAUGAACGGAUGCGUAAUCAUGGACAACAUGAGUUUCUCGGUACACGGAUUCCCGGACUCAAUCCUGCCGAGCCAACAUGGCACCGACGACUUCGAGUUUCCGAUAUACCGUGGGUCCAAGACCAUACGAUUCAAUCCCAAAUCGUCUUUCCCGGAUCUGGAUUUGUGUGUAUGGCUAUUGAGGCGUUUGAACAGACUUAUUCCGGAAAUUUCGAGGCCAUUGGCGGGUUUCAACUCAGCGACAUAGAGCUUCUGAAUGCCCUUGUGAUACCAAACACUCCUGAUGGAAUCGAGGUCCACUUUUCCCUGCGUGAACUCGAAGAAGACGGCCUGAGCCCGGUGUUGCGACGCAGAUUCCGCAUCCAUACGGUGACCUCCAAGGGUGUUUUCCUUGAGCAUUGCCGAGGAUUCAUCUCAGCCGUCCCUGAAAAGACAAAGAGAAUCCAGCAACCAUCUCUUCUCGCUCGCGAGCAAUCGGCUUGUCGACGGCUGGAGAAUAUUGAGGCAGGGGAUUGGUAUGAUCUGCUGGACGGCCAUGCUCCUACAUUUGGACCUGCCUUCCGCAAUGUUCAGUCCAUCAAGGCUGCUGACAGUAUGUCCCUCGCUGCCUGUUCGGUGCCAGAGACCGGCCCUAUUCUACCAAGCCAAGAUAAACCCGGCCUUCGAAUCCAUGCGACUAUUCUUGAUACCAUCUUUCAUUCCAGCUACUCCGCGGUUCCACGGACGGUGAUGAAGCAGAGGGGCCUCACACUCCCGUUCUUUGUCAAAAGUGUGUACAUCUCGUCCACGGCCCGAGCGAAUCCGGGAUGGCAAUUCAUCGUUUCCGCAUCCGAGACCUCGGAGAAUCGAGAGGGCUAUAAUCUACAGCUGGACGUUACCGAUGCUAGCUUAUUUUGGUCUGGCUCCCUGAUCCAGGUGACUGGAAUGCUCUGCCGAUCAGUGGAGCGAAAUCGAAAAAUUGAUGGCACUGGGGAUGGAAAGCAUUGUUUGAGGACAGAUUGGGCUCCUCAUCUUUCUCUCUUCUCGCACGAGGAUCUCCAUAGCCUUCUCAUGAUGGAAGAAAGUGAUCCCCGCGAACAAGAGGCGCUGCAUGAUCUGGAUCAAGCGGUCAUCUGUUUGGCGAAGAAGACUUUGAAUUCCUUGACCAAGCAAGACGAAGGCCAGCUGGGAUGGCAUGGAAAAAAGCUGGUAGACUGGAUGAAACAUAUUGUUUCGGCCACCCAUUCCAGUGAAGGAGUAGAAGGGAGGGAGGGAGAGGAAGAGUUAUAUCAGAGAGUCGUGUCGCAGAGCGUGAAUGGGAAAAUUGUGCUUCAAAUAGGAAAGAAUCUCCUUUCGAUUUUACGAAAGCAGACCGAGCCACUUGAUUUAAUGAGGAGAGACGGUCUCCUGGAUCAAUACUAUUUGAAUGCCCUGAAGAUGCCUCAAUCAUUGUCCCAGGUUGAAAAGCUCGUCGCUCUCUUUGCACAUGGGACCUCUCGUGCCAAAAUCCUUGAAAUCGGCGCAGGGACUGGAUCCUGCACAGCCGCUAUACUCCGUGGCCUUGGGGCCAAGGAUCCGAACAGACCCGCGCCCAGACUCGGACAUCUGGACUUCACUGAUAUUUCCUCGGGUUUCUUCGAGAGAGCUCGGGAAAAGUUCGGGUUCUUGGACGGGAGAAUCAACUACGCCAAGCUGGACAUCGAAGAAGACCCAGCGAGCCAGUCCUUUGAGAAUGGUACCUAUGACCUGGUAGUCGCAUGUUCAGUCCUUCACGCUACCAGAAACCUGUACCGAACCAUGCAAAAUGUUCGGAAGCUGUUGAAACCUGGUGGCAAACUAAUCAUGGUGGAAAGUACCCGCGAUGAAAUGGACGUUCAAUUGGUGUUUGGGACUCUCCCCGGAUGGUGGCUGAGUGAGGAGCCCGAGCGAAGUCUCUCACCUAUUGCGAGCGUGGAAUCAUGGAAGGCGAUUAUGCGACGAGCGGGCUUUGAGAAAGAGAUUUUCGAAAUUGGAGAUUGUGAAAAUCGAGACCAUUAUCUGCUGAGCGUGAUGAUGGCCACCGCAUCUUCCGAGCAACCCCAGCCUAGAAGCCCUGAGCAGAUCGCGAUCGUGAUCCCUCCUGCACCAGCUCUCCCGGACACAUGGCUCGAGACACUCUCCCGGUCGAUACACACCGCAACUGGCAGUUCUUGCACCAUACACUCUGCGAAUGAGGAGGGAGUAACUGCCCAAGCAGUCCUGUACCUUGGAGAUCUUCCAUCCACAACUCUCGGAAACCUGAGCGCGGGUAAUUUUGAACUCUGUAAGUCUCGGGUUCAGGCUGCGCGAUAUAUCCUCUGGGUCACAAAAGGGGGGGCUAUCAACUGUGAGUUCCCUGAAUCCGCAUUGGCAGUAGGAUUGCUGCGAACAUUGCGAGCAGAGAACCCCGGCAAACAUUUUCUUAGUCUGGAUUUGGAUCCGGCGUCGGAGCUAGGAGGGCUCAGCGAUAUCAAUGGCAUUGUGGAGGUGCUGAAAUCAACACUGUUCCGGGCUGCUAAAGCUGAGGAUGAUCUGGACUAUGAAUUUGCCGAACGACAAGGGCGCAUUCUUGUUCCCCGCCUUUGCGAGGAUCGUGCGCUGAACCAGGCCAUCAAGGCCCAGCUUAGUGACGGGAAUCCGCAGAUUGUGAAGCAGGAUUUCAACUUCCCCAAGACAUCAUAUGUCAGACUGCAAGCAACCCACCCCGGAGAUCUCAAUAGCCUGACCUUUGUGGAAGAACCUGUCGCCAGUCCCGCAUUGCCAGAUCAUAUGGUGGAAAUCGAGCCCAGAGCAUUUGGUCUCAAUUUCCGGGAUGUCAUGGUGGCGAUGGGACAAAUGAAGGAAGAGUAUAUGGGCUUCGAAUGUGCCGGAUACGUGUCACAGGUGGGUUUGAAAGCUCAACGGCAGUUCCGUGUGGGAGACCGCGUGUGCGCGUUUCUACCAACUGGACAUUGGGCAAACAAGGUGCAUGUCUCUUCAGCAUUAGUCGCGUCGAUUCCCGAGACCAUGGAAUUUGAGUAUGCGGCCUCAAUUCCAGUUAUCUACCUGACUGCCUAUCACUCCUUGGUCAAAGUUGCACGACUGAAGCAAGAAGAAAGUGUUCUUAUCCAUGCAGCAGCCGGUGGUGUUGGGCAGGCAGCCAUCAAUCUCGCGCAACAUAUCGGUGCUGAGAUUUACGCCAGUGUCGGCUCGGAGGCAAAGGGGAAAUUCCUACAAGAUACCUACAAGAUUCCAGCCGAUCACAUUCUAUCCAGCCGAGACACUUCUUUUGAGGAGAGUAUCAUGGCCAUGACAAACGGCAGAGGUGUGGAUGUGAUCCUCAACUCCUUAUCUGGUCCACUUCUGCAGGCGAGCUGGAAUUGCAUUGCUCCUCUGGGCAGGUUUGUUGAGAUCGGAAAGGUAGACAUUCAACGAAACCGACACCUGGCAAUGGCCAAUUUUGAACGCUCGGUAUCUUUCAGUGCGGUGGACCUUUUGCCUCUGGCCAAGAACGAUGAAAGAGGGGUUUCCAAGAUGCUGGAGAACGUCAUUGCCAUGCACAGGGAUGGCGUUUUGAAACCCAGGAUCCCGAUCAACACCUCUUCGAUUUCCGACAUCCGGCAGGCAUUCCGGACCAUGCAGGCAGGAAAGCAUGUUGGCAAAAUCGUGAUCACAGCCAAGCGUGAUGACUUGGUACAAGUUCUUCCCCGACCCAAUCGGACCCUGUUCUCCCCCGAUAGUUCCUACCUUAUUGUUGGUGGACUGGGCGGGAUUGGAGCAUCGGUUGCCAAAUGGAUGGCUCACCACGGUGCUAGGUACAUCAUCUUAGCGUCCAGAAACGCGGAAGGAAAAGAGCAUCGGGAUUUCUUUUCGCAUCUUCACCACCGGCUUCGGUCUCAGGGAACAACCCUGGUGGCUAAGAAUCUGGACAUUACCGAUCCGAAUGGCUUGCGUCUCCUGGUCCAGCAUAUGGAGGAACAGCAGGGGCUCCCAAUUCGAGGGGUGAUCCAUGGGGGGAUGGUUCUGAGGGACGCCUUGUUUGAGAAAAUGAGUCACAGCCAGUGGCAAGAAGUCCUUGAGCCAAAGCUCAUCGGUACCUUGAACCUGCACGAUCAAUUCCAGAGGCCCGACCUUGAGUUCUUCAUCACUCUCUCUUCCACAACCGGCGCUCUGGGCAAUAUCUCGCAGGCUGCGUACACUGCAGGGAAUACGUUUCAGGAUGCGCUUGCUACGCAUCGUGUCCGCCAGGGUCUUCCUGCCACUGCGAUAGAUCUAGGCAUUGUGAAGUCCGUUGGUGCUGUCGCGGAUCGGAGAGAACUCACCAGACAUUUGGAACGACUUGGGUUUGGGGUGCAUGAAGAAGAAGACGUCUUGCACCUCAUCGAGGCGGCUAUCCAGAGCUCCCGAUCUAGAAACACGAGAGCAUCCUCCGGCCAGAUCUUGACCGGUAUUGCUCCAUUUAGCCAGCACGGGGAAGCGCCCUGGAGACGAGAUGCGCGCUUUGGUGACCUUUUUCUACACGAAAGCCGGGGAGUCACCGAAGAUCCUGUCCUGGGCGGCUCCCAACAGGGAAGCAGGAAAGCCCUGCCACUCAAAGAGAUCCUGCUCAAUGUGAAAGACGAAUCCACAGCAGUCCAAUCAAUUGUCGACAGUUUCGUGAGCAAACUAGCCACGAUGUUCAUGAUCCCGGAGCCAGAGGUCAAUAUCCACAUGCCGUUGAUGGACAUGGGGGUUGAUUCCCUCGUGGCGACAGAGUUACGGAAUUGGAUCACGCAGACUCUGAGAGCAGAUCUCAGCAUCUUCGACCUCAAGACAAGCCGGUCGCUCUCCGAACUGGCGAAGACCGUCGUGUCUCGCGCUUGGUCUGAUGCGCCACGGCUGUGAUCUAGGGGACUGCAGCCCAACUGGAUAACUGGAUAGCUGAAGUUGCCACUGAUCAGCGGAUCAAAUCAGAUAAAAAGGAUGUAACUAGCCACACCAACACAUCACCACAUUCCAUGAAGGCAUAAUCUAGGAUUCAGGAUCCCUGGUAGAUACGAAGAGAACUCCGCUGCUGCUGCUAAUCUCUCAUCUGAAACUACACGUACCCAAUGAUGACUAUGACAGCGAGCUGACGCGGCAGGCAAAUAUCCGACUCCUGUUCAACUUCAGCUGGAUCAACCCCAGCUAGUAAUUGAGUACUGUGUUGUUAUUAGCCUGUCAGAGUCCAUGUUCAGCUUGAGGAUACGAGAACCAGGUUGUUGGGUCAGCCCAAGUAGGUGGAUCUGUAUACAUAAGGUAGUAUAUAACUAGUACAUUGGCUACACCGUGGAUCUAUUGAC